CCAACCAACCGAAAAUCGCAGUGGACCGUGGAGCACCCAAUAUUAAUAAUGCCGCGCCAAACCGCACCGUAGAUAACAGUUUCAACUUCAAAGUUCCCAGUUUCAGCAUGACACCGCUGCUCAGGCUCACCUCGACCUUCAGCUCCACUCACUCUUUUAUGCUACUAUCGUCUUCGAAACCCCCGAUCUCGAAGCAAAAGCUAUUCACGAAGAGCCAGGAAAGCCACCUUCAUCUCACAUCUCCGAUCAACAUCUCUCGGAGAGACGUUGCUUUGCUCUCUUUCCUCGCUCUUGUCCCUUUCCUCUCGCAACCUGCUCCUGCUACUGCAUUUUCCAUCGGCAUUUCAGGACCUAAGGACUGGCUUAAGGAGCAAAAGAAGAAAGCCUCGAAGUUCCUCUUGGCACCUAUCGAUGCUUCCCGAGAAAUCCUUCGCUCUGCGUAUCUCUCACUCACGACGAGUGAAGUGGAGUAUACGCCUAAGGAAUUAGAGGAAUUUCAAAGGCUGUUAAGAUCUGCUGCUAGGGACUGUAUUCCGCAAGAGAGGAAUUCGUUUGUUGCGUUUCAGGCCAAUACCGGAGUUGAGGUUUGCACAUUCCGGUUGAUUGUGAAAAAUGCAUCUUCUUUGCUUGAUAAAGAGGACCCUGCAAAGUUGGAAGCUGAAGCUAUGCUAAAUGAUCUUAUAAGAUCUUUCACUUCUCUCAAUGGUCUAGUGAAUGAAACUGGCAUUCAAGAUACUUCCAAUAGGAAGAAGGUAGCUGACGCACUCAUGAAUACUAUAUCUUCGCUGAACAAAUUUGAGCAGGGUGUAAAGUACUGCCUUGAAGUUUGACUUUUUUUUUUUAAUUUAAUCUCGAAUUAAGUUAGAACUUUCAGGUGUAUACUGUAUUUCAUGCUUAAAGAUCUUGCAAAUGAUCUUUUCUCCCCAUCUUUUGGAGUUGGAAACAUGCUUCCUUUUGACUUUGAAAUUGGGUAUAUCCUUUAUUCUAUACCUGCCCUUUUGUUACCAAUGUUCUCACUCUGCCCAAUCUUUGGCAGAAGAAGGAUACCUUUUGCACAGUCUGAUUGGAAUGAAGUCUAGUUCAGAUUUACCACUUGUAUGUUAUGAAUAGUUAUAUUUUUUUUAGUUUGUAUUGUGGAGUUUGUGACACAAAGACAAGCUUUCUCUCUUUCUUUCUUCCCCCUACAAAAAUAUAUUUCCAAGUGGUUUCUGGAUUAGUUAAAAAUUCCAUAUCUGUCCUGCAUUCCAAUCAUUAAAUAUUUGCUUUCCUAGUCCCCUUCUAAAAUUGCAGACUUGCUCAUUGUUGACCAUGGAUAAUAGCUUACUCAAUAUUUUAGCUACUUCAAGUAUGAAAUCUGCCAGUUAGUAAUGCCAUGGUUUUGAGUACAAACAGAAAGCUUUCUACAGAAUCACAGAUCAUUUUCUUUGAAAUUCACUAGUUCAACUUUAUAUGCUUUGGUUAGCAUGGCUUGUCUGCUUAUUGAAAAUUCAUAUAAAUAAUUAUCUGCCUUUCCUAUGGACUAAUAAUGAUUGAAAAAAGGUAAUACAAUGAAUUAAGUUAUAACUUAUAAGCAGCUAUUCUGGCAUGGUAUCCUGCAACUAUUUGAGGUAGUUGCCUAGUUUUGUUGUGUAGUUAAUAUAUUCUAGUGGAGCAUAUGUAAUGCAUCAAAGUCAUGAAUUUGAGGAUCUUGAAUAGUCCCGUCCUGUGUUCUUCAUUAACGUUCUCCCCUUUUUUUUGGCUGAUGCCAAUUCUGCGUUAUGCACCCUUUCCUUCAUAUGAAUUCGUGCUAAUGUACUUCAGUCUCUUGCCUGCUUGAAACAUUGUUCAAAAUUAAUGGCUGUCAUUCUUAGAUAUAUGCUUCCCGAGUACAUUGUUUAGGCCAUCUGUUUAAAAGAUGCAAGUGAGAGUUCAUGUUGGGUGGAUUCCUUGACAUCAUGUGCACUGUGGUUUUGGCUUUUAUAUAUGCAUAGGAUCAGAAGAAAACUUAUGCUCGCUGAGACCAAUCAUAGUCCCUUUUUAGCAAGGAGUGGGCAAUGUGGCUGUGAGUGUGAAAUAAGAGUAUCCUUUCCAUCUUCUCUUCAGCUUUCCUUGCUAAAACGGAUCUUUUUUCCCUGAAAGAAAUUAUUUGUGCAAUUAGUUUGUUCGGGUCCUUGGGGAUGAAAUCUGAUGUGUGCUAGCAAAUGGUUCUGAGUUGUCAGGAGAACUUUACACAGCUUAACUGCAGUCUGCAUACCUGUGAUUUCUACAAACAAUGAUACCUACAUUUAUUCUAUAUUUUGGGGUUGCAACCUGUGAUUUCUGCAAUAGUUUCAAAUGAUUCUCUGUUGAUUGGGCACACCAGAAGCCUGUACAAAAUACAAGUGACGACAAGGUUUUCCAUCAUCUGGAUAGGUCUGCUUGACCUUGGCAAGCUGCAGAGCUUGUUGAACUGAUUUAUUGGAUUGUCCAAGAGCACAAAAUGAGUAUCGGGGUCACCAAUCUGUGAAAGCUUUACAUGGGAAAACCCUAGAGAUGGCAGCAGCUGAUCAGGCUAAUAACCGUAGAAGUGGAAGAUGGAAGUGGGUAGAAUGGUGGAUGGUUUAUUGAUGAAAAUCUGCCAAGAGAACUGUGUGGGCAAGGGCACACUUGUCAGCUAUGAGCUUCAGUACUUGCGUGCCAUGGGAGUGAGAAGGUGGUAGAGGAUACCUACUAGAACUCAGACCAUGUUCUUCUCUCGUACAAACCCUGAUAUCUGAAGAUUUUGGAGCCAGUCAUUAUUUCUGAUACCUUUUGCUACUCUGCUUAGGCAUUUUGCUAUCAUCUGCGGAUGCUUGUGUUCAUCUAUUGAUCCCAUUGCUGCCUCUAGAAGAGUGGCUUUUACUUCUAAGGUGAAAAUCAACUUCAAAAAACACUGCUUUCCUUCAAGCAGCUUAGCGGAAGCAAGAUCAACAAAUUUACACGUAUAGAUUUAUCCAUUGUUGUUCUAGUUUUAAAUCAGGAUCAGCUGAAGAUAAUACAACCAUUCAUAGUGCAAGCUUUCCGAAUGAGAAAUGUUAUUGGCAGCGUUAGUUUCAAAAAUAUAUCGAGGAAUGUGCUUAGUAGGCACCUGCCUGCACCAAGGACAACAACCUAUACCUCACCAUUGAAUGAGUUGAGAGCAGCCUCAAGUUUUGAAUCAGACCAGAGGGUUUGAACUGCGAGAAGCACUCCUGAAAUUUCUUGAGAAUUUUUGUGGCAGUCAUUUUUAUCUUCUCAAGAAAGUUUUUAAGGUAUGUCUCUCCUGCUAGCAAGUCUGCAAGUGCGUCAUGUAUCACAUGUCUCCACAAGGCUCUUUCAGCUGCUGUUUGACAUGCCGACUGUCAGAGAUAAUCCCAUUCAUUUUGAAUUGUUGUGUGGAAUUCCUGAACUGUUGCAUUUCUAUUCUUUCCGCAAGCCAUUUCAUGGUCUAACAUGUUUGAAGAGUAACAGAAGAUCGUAGCGUGGGAGAGCAAGUGAUACAUACCGGAAGAUUUAACUGAGGAAUCAGGCAGCAUUGCAAUAUAGGAGACAAGAUAGCCACGAUAUGACCCAAGUUUGUGAAUCGAGCAAAAUCAUAUCCAGCUUCUCUGCCUGGAGAAAAGGAAGGCAGCAGUGUAGUCCAGAGUACCCCCAUUUAUCUUGCAACCCUUCCUUUUCUGUUGUCCCUUUUCCUUUUUUCUUUUUUGGUAAUUUAUAACAUAAUCUCUAAGAAUUAAAAUUCAUAAUUUAGUCUA